GCUCUUCAUGUGAAGCAACCUAAAAGGGUUAAUCCAAGUGGGUAUAGAAAGAGAAACUAAACAAAGAAGAAGAAACCCAUUACCUCUCCUACUACUUUAUUCUUUCAAUAAAUUACUACUAUCAUCUUUUGGCUCACCUAUUUUGAUUGAGAAUAGUACAGUUUAGAGAGCUUGGGGUCAGGGUGGGUAGCUCAAAGGGGGUGUUGUUGUAGUGUGUAAAGAGAGACUGAAACUACUACCCACCUGACAUGGUAUUGUUUUCUUGCCCCUUUUGUUAGCUGCCAUUAGAGUAAUGUUCUUCUACUUCCAAGAUUUGGGUUCUCAUGUAGAAAUUUCAAGUACCAGCUGAAAAUUUUACCAGAUCUCUCAAGCACAACAACUAUCAUAUUUGCUUUUGUGGCUGGUACUAAAUUGGUGCAAGAUAGGAAAGGAUAACAAUUUGGAACUAAGUACUGUCUUACAGUGAAAUCUGUUAUAAGCUGCUGGCAGAAUAGGAGCUUCUACAAUAACAACAUACCCGACGUAAUCCCACGAAAUGGGGUCUGGGGAGGACAUGGGAACUUUGGCACCUGAACCUGAGGUCACAUGCUCGAAAAAGUACUUAGCAUUGGGUCUGAAGAUAUCUGGCAAGGAAAAAUCAGGGAAACCCAGAGUUUUAUCGCUUCUUUCAACACUUCUUGAGAGGUCUGUUCAAAAUAAUGAAAGCUUAUUAGAAAGUUCACAAAGUGAAGACGUGAUCACAAUAUUUCAUGGAUCAAGAGCCCCCUCUCUCAGUAUUGAACAGUACUUGGAUCGCAUUUAUAAGUAUUCAUGUUGCAGCCCUUCAUGCUUUGUGGUCGCACACAUAUACAUGGAGAGAUUCAUUGAAUGCACUGGUGCUCAUUUAACUUCCCUCAAUGUUCACCGACUACUUAUCACAAGUGUGAUGGUGGCAGCAAAAUUCAUCGAUGAUGCAUUCUAUAACAAUGCAUACUAUGCAAGAGUAGGUGGUGUAACCACAAAAGAGUUGAAUAAGCUGGAGAUGAAAUUCUUGUUUGGAUUGGAUUUUCAACUUCAUGUAAAUGUCCAGACAUUCGGAAGCUAUUGUUCUCUCCUAGAGAAGGAAGGCACUGUAGGUCUCCAGAUUGAGUGCUCAAUUCAGGCAUGUAGAAUCAACGAGAGCUGGUCAAACAAAGACGAUUCCACCUGGUCACAAAUUGCAAGAUGAGAUUUUACAAUGGUGAAGAUAUCAUCACAAAGUUGAAACUCUUUCAGACAUGGAAGAAACUGAAAUGCUGGGUUUUGUACUAUAUUGUCUAGGUAGGAAAAAGUCAUAGCAGUGUGAUACACUUUUUUUUUUACCCAUUUUUUUCUUGUGCAGGUGUUCUUUACUGUACUAGUGUAGCUCCCAGGAACCCUGGUAUCAUUCUUUUUCAUGUUCUGUGAAGUUCCCCACGGAUGUUGGUCCCUAUAGAAUUGUGUAGUGUUUACAAUCGAAGUUUCUUAGUGAUUUCAGGUAUUAUUUUGAACAACCAAGUUUGAACCCACAAGGGUUUUUUAUACAAUGCUCUUUUAGAA